AUGGACGAUGGAGGAUACUGCGCAGAACAAUAAGAAAUUGAUGAGUAUUUCAGUACAAAUCAUGGAUUAUUAUUUUUAUCAAUUAACCUUCAACAAUAUAAUUAUGAAACUUUAGAAUUUGAGUAAAUUAAAAAGACUGAAUAAUUUGCCUUUGAAGAAGUCAGCCCAUUUCAUGCUUAAGUCGUAAUAUAAAAAUAAUAAACAACUAUUGAUAACGGCAUAUUGUUUAGCAAUUUAGAAUAGUAUGAAGUAAUUAAGGACUUUAGAGUAAAUACUUAAACUAUCUCAUCUAAGUUUGCUGAGAAAACAGUAAUUAGUGCAGAUGGUUCUAAAUUAUAAUUUGAUUCAUUAUGCUCAUUUGGAUUCAGAAUUGAUAAUAAAUUAGGUCUUGAGGUUAUUCUGAUGCCAAAAUUAGGGGAGGUCUUGGCUCAAAUUGGAUCUAUUGUAAAUGUGAUUAUGCUGUUGAAAAUAUUCUCGAAUAUCAUUAAUACAACUAUAUUGGAGAGUACAUUACUUGAUGAAAUAAUUGAAAUUUACUACCCAUAAUUUAAGCAAGUCUAAAUUACUAGAAAUGUAUUAGGCAAAGUUAAAUAAGUUCAUUAUAAAGGUGUCUAAAUCAAGAUGAAGACUUUUAAACCUAAGUACAAUCAAUUAUUGGAUAUUGCAAGAAUUAAGUUUACUUACAAUAAUCUGAUAUAAGAAUUAUCUCGAAUUUAAAUGAUUUUAAUACAUUAGAUAGGAAUGGAAAAUAUAAAAAAUAUAUUUAAGAAUGGAGAGGAUCUGUAAUUUCUUGAGAGUGAUAGAUUGUCUAAUUCCCCCAAAGAAUAAGAAUUUGAAAAAUUUGCAUUAUUCGAUUAAGAAUUUCCAUUUUCAUAAUGA